CGCGAGAAACGUCAGCUGCCAAGCUCAAAGAAGAUUGUGGUGCCACACCUCUGCCUCCAUUCUCUCCGAGAGACCGCGGCCAUAGUACUGUACUUCUCAAUCGUAUAGAUAGAUAUACACUCGAUCGAUCGUUGGUAUAGCCAAACUGAUAGACUGAUCUAGACAAUGGUUCAUCUGGUGACACUUUUAGCAGUGAGCCUGUUGUGGCUACUAGGGCAAGAUACCCAUGGUUUUUCUGCAGUGACAACAACGGCCACUUCUUGCAGACGGUCCCUGAUGGCACCGUUGUUUCUGGAACUGAUUUCGUUUGAUUCCGAGCCAGAGCCAAUAUCAAUGCUAGCUAAGAACAACCAGAAGCUUCCAAAAGAGGACGAACCAAGUGGCGAAGAAUCGCGGUUGGAAGAUCAAUUUCCCAUUGGAUCGGUCGUACAAGUGACUGCCAAGGGUAUCAAGGCGUUUAGUGUCCCUGCGGCAGCUUGUGGAGCGUUUGAUGACGACAAAAAGACGUUUGUUCCCUCUGCCGAAAAAGACGUCAAAGCCAAGGCGUUUCUCGUGGUGCCCGUGGGACUGGUAGGUGAGGUGACCAAAGUGAUUGAUAGCCAUCUGAGUGCCAGUCAUCCCAUUCAAGUCAAAUUUGAUCCGGAAGCCCAAACAGACUACAAGAUACCGGUCGGAUUCACCUUUCAUUUCUCGGAAAAGGAGGUCAAACUUACUACUACGACAUGAUAAUACUAUACGUAUAUCCGCAGCAGCAGAGCAAAACCACAGGUUGUGAGAAUAGAUAUACUACGGAGAAACAGCAACCAAACAUGCCCGCUAUUUCAAUAAAAGGCAAUAUCCAAGCAAUCCACACAUAUCAUACGAAAUCUCGAACUAAUAAUGCGCCAGAAAAUAACAAAUCACGUUCAUUGCUUUUCCAUCACAUCAAUGCUCGAUCGUCUUUUUGAAAGAGUAGAAUAAGCAACCGAAUCUAAAGAGUCUCUUAUAU